AUGGCUAACUCGGGUCUGCAGCUGCUGGGCUACUUCCUGGCGCUGGGCGGAUGGAUCGGGGUGAUCUCCACGACGGCGCUGCCCCAGUGGAAGCAGUCGUCGUACGCAGGAGACGCCAUCAUCACGGCCGUGGGUCUGUACGAGGGGCUGUGGAUGAGCUGCGCCUCCCAGAGCACGGGGCAGGUGCAGUGCAAGAUCUUUGACUCCAUGCUCUCCCUGGACAUGGUCGUCUCUGUGGUCCUCUCUGUGGUCCUCUCUGUGGUCCUCUCUGUGGUCCUCUCUGUGGUCCUCUCUGUGGUCCUCUCUGUGGUCCUCUCUGUGGUCCUCUCUGUGGUCCUCUCAGUGGUCCUCUCUGUGGUCCUCUCUGUGGUCCUCUCUGUGGUCCUCUUUGUGGUCGUCUCCGUGGUCCUCUCUGUGGUCCUCUCAGUGGUCCUCUCUGUGGUCCUCUCUGUGGUCCUCUUUGUGGUCGUCUCUGUGGUCCUCUCUGUGGUCCUCUCAGUGGUCCUCUCUGUGGUCCUCUCAGUGGUCCUCUUUGUGGUCCUCUCUGUGGUCCUCUCAGUGGUCCUCUCUGUGGUCCUCUCAGUGGUCCUCUUUGUGGUCGUCUCUGUGGUCCUCUCUGUGGUCCUCUCUGUGGUCCUCUCUGUGGUCCUCUCUGUGGUCCUCUCAGUGGUCCUCUCUGUGGUCCUCUCAGUGGUCCUCUCUGUGGUCCUCUCUGUGGUCCUCUUUGUGGUCGUCUCUGUGGUCCUCUCUGUGGUCCUCUCAGUGGUCCUCUCUGUGGUCCUCUCUGUGGUCCUCUUUGUGGUCGUCUCUGUGGUCCUCUCUGUGGUCCUCUCUGUGGUCCUCUCUGUGGUCCUCUCAGUGGUCCUCUCUGUGGUCCUCUUUGUGGUCCUCUCUGUGGUCCUCUCAGUGGUCCUCUCUGUGGUCCUCUCUGUGAUCCUCUCUGUGGUCCUCUUUGUGGUCGUCUCUGUGGUCCUCUCAGUGGUCCUCUCAGUGGUCCUCUCUGUGGUCCUCUUUGUGGUCCUCUCAGUGGUCCUCUCAGUGGUCCUCUCUGUGGUCCUCUUUGUGGUCCUCUCUGUGGUCCUCUCUGUGGUCCUCUCAGUGGUCCUCUUUGUGGUCCUCUCUGUGGUCCUCUCUCUCAGUGGUCCUCUCUGUGGUCCUCUCUGUGGUUUCACGCUUGUUUUAGUGUGA